CAUAGAGAUGUACCUUGUGGGGGAAGAAUUAUUUUACUUACACAUAUAUUAUAUGCACUAUAAAUACUUGGAGUCCUCACUGUAGUGGAUCAUAAUUGAAUACUAGUUUGCUGUAGUGACACAAAAUGGAUUGGCUAAGGAUCAGUUUAUUAUGUAUAUGUAUAUUCAACAUCUAUGGUGCACCACAGGGAGAGAAAGAAGUUAAAAUUAUUAGUCAAACCAACGAAAUCGCCCCUGACGGGGGAUAUAGCUGGAGUUUUCAAGCUGAUAAUGGAAUAAAAGCUGAAGAAACAGGUACCUUAAAGAAAACCAACGAUCCAGAAAAUCCUCAAGUUAUCACUGCUCAGGGAAAUUAUGAAUACACUGACAAGGAGGGUAACAAAAUAUCACUCACAUAUGUUGCUGAUGAUGAGGGCGGUUUCCAACCACAAGGAGCCCAUUUACCAACCUCUCCCCCUAUUCCUCCAAAUAUACAAAAAGCGUUGGACUGGAUAGCAUCACAACCAUCAACGACUGAAAGAAGUGGAAGAAAGUAAAUUGCAGCAUGUUGAGGCUUAAAUUAAACACCCCCGUUGUAUAAUACUCUGUGAUAAAUAGGUCCCCUUUUCCAUGAAAUAGGAUUUUUUUACCGAUACUGGAUUGUUUUGUGACUUGGCAUAUGAGUUAAUCUAUAGAGAUAUGGACAUACAAUUUCAUUAUUAUUGUCCUAAUUUUUAAUAGAUUGUUAUUUAAUGUUGUAAUAUAUUUUGUGAAUAAAAUGCUUACAUUUGCAAAUCAAAAAUAA